CCCUGUUGCCUGUUGGCCGCAAAGCGAACACUGCGCGCACCUUUCUCUCCUCCUUCCCCUUUCCUGCUCCCCGCACCCUCAAAACUCUCCCCCACUCUCUACGCCGCUAGUGGCAUGGGCUAGGGAGGGAGCCCCUAUGCCUCGCGUGCAUGUCCGCGCGGGCGCAGACAUAGGCAUGGAACGGGCCGCCGCGGCAGCGGCAGAGCUGGAGGCACAAGAAGCCCCACACGGCAACCCCCCGGAGGUUGCGGGGCCGGUUGUCGGCGCGGGCGCGGGGCAAGGACUCGAAGAGCAGGAGGGUUCCGACGCGGGCUGUCCCCUUCGAGGUGUCUGCGGGAGGGAGGAGGAGGUGCCGCUGCGGCUGCGGCUCGGGAGGGCGAGGCGGAGGGCCGGACCCAGCACGCCGGCGCCGUCGUGGAAGGUGGAGCCUUCGCCGGGGCUGCUAGAGGGGGAGAUGCAUGCUGCUGCUGCUCCGGCGGCGGCGGCCACGAGGAGGAGCUCGGCAUCGUCGUCGGCUUCGGCGCGGCAGCUGGGCGCCAGCCUCUGGGAGAUCCACGACGUGACGCGGGAGGGCCGCCGCAACGGCGCACGGAGGCGCCGGAGCGGGAGGGGGCUUGUCGGCAUCGGCGCCGAGGUGGAUAAGCCUCAGGGUUCAGGCGGCUUUGAUAGGAAUCUUGCAGAUUCAUCUAAGGAUCAUCAUAACUUGCGUCAAGAACGGAGUCAUGCAGUACAACCUUUUUCCCCUGCAAGUUAUACCAGCUCAACUGGGGAUUCCUAUAUGUACCGAGCUAUCAACCCAGCUCGUUCUUUGGAUGUCAAGGGUAGAUCUAGGGGGGCAGGUGAUAACCUUAAUACAUCAACAGAACUAUUGAAGGUUCUAAAUCGAAUUUGGAGCCUGGAAGAACAGCAAACUGCUAAUAUGUCAGUGAUUAAGGGUUUAAAGUUGGAAUUACAGCAGGCACAGGCACGUAUUCAUGAAGUUACGCAGGAGAGACGAGGAUACCGCCAUGAAGUUGCUUCCCUAAUGAGGCAACUCUCUGAGGACAAACUUGCUCGGAAGAAUAAGGACCAAGAUAAGAUUGAAGGAGCCCUUUUUUCCAUGCAAGAUGAACUAGAGGAUGAGAGACACCUUAGGUGGCGUUCUGAGGGUCUCCAUAGGAAGUUUGGCAAGGAGUUAACUGAGGUAAAAUCAGCAUUUCUGAAGGCAGUUAAGGACCUUGAGAAGGAGAAGAAAACAAAUCAACUCUUAGAAGACCUCUGUGAUCAGUUUGCAAUGGGAAUUCGAAACUAUGAAGAGGAAGUCAGUGUGCUAAAACAAAGGCAUGCAAAUAGUUAUGAACAUAAGUUUGAUAAGUCGGUGCUCCAUAUUUCGGAAGCCUGGCUUGACGAGAGAAUCCAAAUGCAAAAUAUUGAUGUCCAUGAAGACUUGCUGCAGAAAACCACAAUAACAGAGAGGCUGAGCAGUGAAAUCCAGGCUUUCAUUCUUGCUAAAAAAUCAAGUAGCUCUAAGACUAAUUUAAAAUUGAAAUACAUAAAUGAUAGUAGACGAGAUUCUAGCUUAUGUCGGCAAUCCCUUGAAUCUGUCCAUUUGAAUGGAGCCACCAGUGCUCCUCAGCUAGCCGAAGAUGAUGAUGAUUCUGUUGCUAGUGAUUUGCAUUGCUUUGAGCUGAACAUGCAUGGAAAUGGCAAUCAUAAACAUCACCAUACAGGACCCCACAGAAGUGGCACAGCAAGCAUGGAUGCACCGAAGAGAAUAUCAGAAUACUCUUGUAGUACAGCUGGUGAAAGUUCGCAUAUGUCACAUGCGCCAAUUUAUGCACAGAAAGACAAGGCAAGGUCUAGUAGCAACAACCCACAGUACGCAGAUAGAAUUCCAGCAAUCAACUCAUACAGCAGUGCUGGAAUUACUCCAGCAGAAGAACAGAAUGAAAUCACUUGCACCCAUAUUUCUCGAGGAUCUCACAUUGGCUCGUCCGUUCACAAUUUGGAGGCUCGUCAUGCUGACUUGCUGGGCCAAGAAUCCCUUGAUCAUUACUCCGGAACAAGUCUAUUUUGUGAAGGGACUAAUUCAGGGGAUUUAUGCAACGUCCACAGUGGCAGUCCAGCACGAAAACUGAAAUCCACGCUAUUGGGCCACGAGAUAGUUGAAUGCUCACCGGAAUUGCCAGUGGGGGUAAAGGAGAACACUCUGAAGGCAAAAUUACUUCAAGCAAGGCUAGAGGGGCGGCAUGCUAGAUUGAAGGUGUCAGGAGGUUCCUUAUCCAGCAGGAGAAAAUGAGAUAAUGGCGCCAAUGGGUUUCAGUUUCGCAGUUUCGAUGCCAUGCAGCAAAUCAGAGCAAUAUCUGGCUUAUAUAGCCGGGGCAUUUCCUUCAGCGUCAGUCAAUUCAGUAACCUUGUACAUUGCUAGCUACAGACUAUGUGAAUCCUAUGCGACUGAACAUCUAUGUAAAUUAGUCUGUUAAUCAGCUGUCCAGGAUGGCGAGGCCAAAGAACUCAACUUUGAUAACGAUUUUUUGUAUGGCACUUGCAUGUCGAUAACCUUUGCCUGUUUAAGAUCUUUCCAUGGCCAGUCUAUAUGAGGCAUUUCAUUUUGCAUCA